AAUUUGCAUAAAUAAUCAUGUCAUUUUCCUGGUUUUGUUUGUCAAGCAAGAAAAAUGUGAGAAUUUCAUUCAAACCUCAAAGUUCACAAGCAAAAGAAACUUAAUAUAGAAUAUUUUACAUUGUAAUCUUUAUUGUACACUUCUUUUGAUGUUUUGAGAUGUUUUUGUUCUCGGUUUUGAAGAUUUGUUUUCUGAUCUUAAAGUAGAAGAGGUCAUUGUUAUGUUGUUGUUGAAGUGUUUAUUAUGAAUUUCGAAGUUGUUCAUACUCGUUUACAGAAUUUGUGCUGUUAUAUGAGUUUGGGUCGUCUUUUUUGAUGCUUUAGAAUGGCUGAAGCAUCCAAGAUUCUGUUAGUUCGUUGCCCAAAUUGUGGGAAUUUGCUUCCAGAGUACUCGGACUACUCUUUAUAUGAGUGUGGAGGAUGUGGCACUGUUCUUAGAGCCAUGAAGAAAGUGAUGGAUUGCGGGGGAAAUCUAAUAGAGAAAGAAUGUAGAAUGUGACCCGAAUCUUGAAAGUGUGUCACAAAAAGUGGGUGGUAGUUUAGGUGGUUCGUCUGAGACUGAGAAGGAGGGCGAUGGGGUUGAGCACAGUAAGAGAAAAGAUAAAUUUUUGUAGAAGGAAAUCUUAUUUCAGUUUGUGUUUCUUCUUCAAGAACAGAAGAUAAAGAGGUUUUAAUUGUUAAUGAGGAAAUCGAUUCUGUAGAAGAAAGCAAGGGUUGGAGGCUCAGUCAAAGUAAUCCUGAGAUAGAAAUUGAUAAUGUUGAUAAAGCUUGUCAGUCUCCGGAGCAGCCGAUUGACGUUUUGGUUGGUGGAGAUGAUCAGGAUUUAAACUUGAAUAGGUCUAGUUCUGUUAAUUCUAGUGUAGUAAAAGGAAUCGGAGAAGUUUCAGCCAAAUCAAAAAAAUUCUGCAGAGGUCAUGAAUUCAAGGGUGUUUUUGGAUAAAUCAGGUGUAGAAAUAGUGGGGUUUUGGGGUUUCGAUGAAGAUGCCAGAGAAGGUUCAGUUCAAUCAAAAAAUUUUGCUGAUGAAGGACCUUCAAUCUACAAGCCUAAUUCAGCCCAUGGGCAUGGUAAACCGAUGAAGAACUUUGGGUACGAGGAUAGGCCAAAUAUAGUUGAAAAUUUAGAACCGAACCAUCCUGAAAUUCUUAGGAAGUUGAAUGAGUUGAAGGAACAAAUCAGUAGAUUGGAGGAUAAACCAAGGGAAACAAUUCUAGAUGACAAGAAAAUGGCUCCUCCUGAGUCUUAUGGGAGGUGUGCUGCUCUUAAUGUUUCAACUCAGCCAUUUCCCAGGGGUAACUGUGUCCUAAGACCGCCUAAUUGCAGACAUAGCCACGGACCUUCUCCUUUUAUGAAUGAUCAUAACUUGGAUUUGCAUAACUUCUAUCCUCUUCCAAGGCAUGCCCCAACUAUGAUCCCAGGGUCCAACCAGGAGAAUCCUUUUCAGUCACAAAUUCUCAGGAGGCCACACAGUCAAACAUCCCUUCUAUGCCCACAAAAACUGCCUCCUGACUACAUUUCAGGACAGUACAUGGAUUUUAAUCAUGAUCUUCUCAUAUCCUAUCCACAGGAACCAUUUUUUCAUCAGCCUCUAUGCUCAUGUUUGAGCUGCCGCAACAAAAAUUGUCAAGUUCCUCCGAAAGCCACAGACUCUAGUUUUAGCAAUAGAAGGGUUGCAACGGACCAAAGGAGAUCCAAUUCCUACCAUCGUAUCAGGUCUGUUACUCUUGGUCCAAUGAAUUAUGAUCCUCUAGUUGCAAAUCCUCCAUCAUUGCACUCUAAAGGUCCUCAGUCACACGCAAGAUGGCCAGUUGACAUUGAUUCAGAUGUUGAAGGUUUUUAUCACUGUCAUCCAAAAAGAGUGGAAGCCCAUGGGAAUAGACAGCUUUCUCAUCCCAUAGCAGGUGGUGCUCCAUUUAUAACAUGCUGUAAUUGCUUAGAGCUUCUGAAAUUGCCAAGGAAAGUCAUGGCAAUGAAAAAUAAUAUGCAAAAAAUACAAUGUGGUAAUUGCUCAACUAUCUACUUCAGUGAAAUUAAGAACAAGAGUCUCAUAAUUUCUGUUGCUACCAAAACUGAGCAGAUGUCUAGCAAAGCUGAAGAUGGUUCUUGUGGCCUAUUUAACAGAAAUAGAAUUUCUUAUGGUUACUCAAAUGCUGGUGGCAUGAGCUCCUGCUUGGUUGGUUUUGAUCAUUCUGGUUCAAACUUCCACUCUGCUGAUACCAAACAGAAUUUCCAAUCAGAAGGCCCAAUGUUGAACUUUGGUGAAUCUGAGAAACUGCAAGGCUGUUCAUCUUCAUCUUCUAUUUCUACCGAGGGGGUGAAGAACCGAGAAAGUGUGAUUGUCCACCAAGAUGUUUCCAAUUCUUCUAAGCUGCCUUCCAAAGAGAACAUCUCUCCAACAAUUGCAGGUUCAAAUUUCAAUGACCCUCUCAAUGAUUCCUCUUUAAUCUGUUCAGUGAGCAAUACCAGGAAAGGAAACAGGAGUAAAUGGUUAGAUCAAGAGAAAGUUAUCCUUAAGAAUGUUGCCUGCCAACAUUCUGGUGACAAAGAUCCAUCAGUGGAAACUGAGGUGGAAGUAUCUUUCAGUGAAUAUCUGUCUCAUGACUCGAAAGUAUGCAGAGAAGACCAACCUAGAAACAAGAAGGGGAAAAAAACCUUCUUGGUAGGUGUUAUCAAGAAAAGCUUCAGAGAUUUCUCAAGAUCUUAUCAAAACAGGGUGAAUAAAGGACCUAACGUUUCAGUUAAUGGGCAUUGUAUACCAAAAUGUUUGGUUAAAAAGGCUGAGAAGCUUGCAGGUCCAAUUGAACCUGGAUAUUACUGGUAUGAUUUUCAAGCUGGAUUCUGGGGUGUGUUAGGCCAACCUUGCUCAGGCAUUCUUAUUCCAUUUAUUGAAGAAUUCAAUUAUCCCAUGCCAGAAAAUUGUGCUGCUGGAAACACAGGUGUAUUUGUAAAUGGCAGAGAGCUUCAUCAGACAGAUUUAGACCUACUUGCUAGCAGAGGGCUACCAAUUGCGAGAGACAAACACUACAUUGUUGAGUUCACUGGGAGAGUCGUGGAUGAGGGCUCUGGUAAAGAAUUAGAUAGCCUUGGCAAACUCGCUCCAACAGUUGAGAAGUUAAAGCGAGGAUUCGGCAUGUGCCUUCCCAAAGUGAUCUUGUGAUUCAGAUAUACUCAGUUUUUGUAGGCUCUCUUUCUUGCAACAAUGUAAAUAGUGGGGCAAUUGCUUUGCACAUUAUUAAUGUGUUUGUGACAUGUAUUUGUAACUAAAACAGCUCAAUGAUUAGUGCACUUGCUUGUUUAUAGAUUUGUGGAUAUCUUCUGGGUCAAUGUCGUCUCUAGACAAGACUUCUCUGGCUCACUGGAAGGUUUCUGGAUUGUGACAUAUGGUUUUCCCUUGAAGUAAAAGAAGAUUUGCCAGUGAUA